AUGAAUGGAUCAAGCAGCGGCAGGCAGGAUCCGAGUUCGCCUUUAGUCUUCCACCAUUCAUCCACAUCCUACUUCAAUUUUUCUCCAGUAGAAUCACAAGGAAAUCCUUCAGCGUGUUCAGAAAGUUUUCACCAACGAUGUUCGUCUGAAAGCUUUCUCAUGGAGGAUCAACCUUCUUGGCUCGAUGAUCUCCUGAACGAGUCAGAAUCACCAGUACUUAAAGGUCACCGGCGCUCAGCAAGUGAUACUUCUGCAUACUUUGGACAAGCAGUUAAGACAUUUAACAUAAGGGACCAAUCCAAAUAUGAAAAUGCAUAUAUUGGAACUUCAACAGGAUCUAGAAACUCAGUACAUUGCAAAGAUUCCGACAGCACUUCCAUUGAGACCAAAGCAUAUUCAUUGGAAGAAACAAAUAAAAAGGAAACAAAUAUAGUAGUAUCUACUUCAGCUGAAGAGAAGAACAUAGAGGAAUCUAGUCCACAAAACUUCGAGGGCUCUACUGAGAAAGCUAAUGGUUCACAAGCUAAGACUUCUGCACCCAAGACCGAUGCUAAAUGUGCUAAACAGAAUACUGGUCACCGAUCACGGGUGAGGAAACUUCAGUACAUAAGUCAACUGGAGAGGACUGUCCAACUCCUACAGGCUGAAGGAUGUGAGGUCUCCGCUGAGGUUGAGUUCCUUGAGCAGCAUAAUACUAUAUUGAUCAUGGAAAAUAAAGUAUUGAGGCAACGCCUGGAGAGUUUAUUGCAGGAACUGCACAUAAAACACUUGGAGGAAGAGAUUUUGAGAAGAGAAAUUGGGAGGAUGCAAACUCUGUUUCAGCUACAGAUGCAACCGCCAAUGCAGCCUCAACAUCAACAUCAUUCCAAACAACAUCGAAGCGAAAGUCGAGAUUUGAAAACCAAUCAAGUAGUUUCUAUAUGA